AACUACGCCCCGCCACCUCCCUCCCCCACCCACACGCCGCCUGCCAGCCCAUUUCUCCCACGCGCGCUGCCGCACCCUCGCCGCCGCCGCCUCUCCAGCUCGGCCCCCAUGGCUUCCCUCGUCGGAUCCGCCCUCUCCCUCGCGAUGCCCGUCAAGGCAAUCAACAUUAAGUCCGUCUCUUUCUCUGGUUUAAGGAAGGAUAACGUAGCCUUCCGUCUGCAGCCAGUGCCACAAAGAUUCACAGUCUGCUGUCCGGCUAAAAAGGAGACAGUGGACCAGGUUUGUGAUAUUGUCAAGAAGCAGCUUGCACUUGCUGAUGGCACUGAAGUUUCUGGCUCCUCCAAGUUCCAAGAUCUUGGUGCUGAUUCAUUGGACACUGUUGAGAUUGUUAUGGGCCUUGAGGAGGCUUUUGGGAUCAGUGUGGAGGAGUCUAGCGCACACUCAAUUGCAACCGUGGAAGAUGCUGCUAAUCUCAUCGAUGACCUUGUUGCUGCAAAAUCAUCCUAAACUCGCAGCUGUAGUACUUAUCCUGGCCCUGUACCAAGGCAUCCCUUGUUCCAUGCUCCGUCCCUGCUAGAUUUUACCCUGGAGAGCCAUUUCUUUGUUAUUACUAUCAUUGUGGAUCUUGCAGUAUUAUUACAUUGAAGCUUUUGUGCUUGUUCAAGUAAAGUUUUGUUGCGACUAUA